AUGCUGGCCUCUAAACUUUCGAGGAUAAGACUUUUAAAUCCAAGAAUACCCAGAGGCUUCCGACUUAUACAUGGAAGUGAUGAAAAACCGAACACAUUAGAGCUCAAAAGACAGAGGUCAACCAUUCUUCCACCUUUGGAUCAAACCCAAUUUGUUUCAGAAAAAGAUUCAUUGCAGAGAGAAAUACUUAGUUACGAUCAGAUAAGAAGUAUUAUCAGUAAAUCAAAACUGCUUCAAAAGAAAGAAUCCCCAUUCAAACCAACACUAGUCAGGUUUUUAGAGAUUGAACUAUUGAAAAUAGCAUCUGAACAAUUUGAUGAUUUUGAUAAAUUUUAUGACUUAUUUUACGAUUUAAUGAAGAUUUUAAGAAAAAAUAAAGAGCUGCAAAAGUAUAUUGAAUCAAAUUUAACUAAUAUUUCAAAUUUGGCUUUCAACAUGUUAAUGAAUCAAAAAUAUUAUUCACUUUUUAUGAAUAAAGAGAUAACCUUGGUUUUACUGAAUUCAGAUCUCCAGAAUGAAGAAAAGAUACAAAGAGUGGAAUCCCUACUUAAAGUUUCAUAUAAAAUAAAACAACAGUUCAUAAGGAAGGACGUGCAUCAAUACCAGGAACUUACUAUAUCAAGCAGGAAUUUGAAAUCCAUAAUGAAUAUCCUAAGUCGUGAACAUUAUUUAAACUUCUUUGUUCAAUUGAUAGAGUUUGACAUACAUCAAAUAACUUCACCAGAUUUACAAAAACUAAGAAAUGAAUUACUACAUGGGGAUAAUACUGAACAACAAGUUUAUCAAUUCCAAGCACUUCGGACAGUGGAAGAUGAAGAAACAAAAAAUCUUUUGAGAACUAAAUUCCUAACAAUUUAUUCAUAUGGGAUGAUUAGAGCUAUUGUUAUAAAAUAUAUUCAAGAAAGCAAUAAUGAAAUGGUUGAUUUUUAUAUGGAUUUUCUUAUGGCUAAAUAUGCUAUGACUAGAGAACUUCCCCAUGUUAACUCACGUGAAUUGACUCAAAAUCUUUAUGAAGUUAUUACAUAUCAACUUGUUAAACUUAAACAUUAUAACUCUGCUAUUGAGUUACUGGAAACGAUGAAACAACACGGCCUUACACUUACACCAAAGCUGCUACAUAUAUUGGCUGUUUCAUUCAGAACAAGAAAGAUGUUCGAUGAAACUUUGUUGAUAUUGAAGAAGAUUGCAGAGCUAUUUAAUGAUAAAACAGUUGGGAUUGAUGACCAGUUCAAGAAACUCAUAUCUAAUGAAUUACUUAUUACCAUAAGAGAACAGUUUCCUGGUGAGCCAAAGAUAUUGAUCAGUCAAUUCUUAUCCAUGUUUGAAGGAUCUGAAAUAUUAUUGAAUGAGCUUGGUAUUAUUAAUUUGAUUCACGAUGGGCAUGUCAAGAAGCUGGUUGACUUAGAUGGUGUUUUAGCUCAAUUUUACAAGUCUGAAAUCUCUGAUAUAUUUAAAGCCAAUUGUUUUCCGGAUAUGCAUAAUAUAACUGAGAUAUAUAUUGCAGUAUUGAAUUAUAUUUCUGUACAUUCGUUUGUAUUACCCAAAGAAGAUAUUUAUAGAGAACUUUUCAAUUUAGCAAUGGAUCAUAUAUCAAAAGUUCAAGAGUUAGACUUUCCGGAUCAUCCAUUUUCAAAACAAAAUUUAGAUGAAGCUUUAGUUAAUCUUUUUGUUAAAAAUGUUCUCGAGAUAAAUGUUGAUUUGGCUUUGGACAUGUUGAAAAGAUCAUUGCAAACUUGCACAUUCAAGAGAUUUACUGGUGAAAGCGCUAGCAGAAUUUUAGCUAAACUUGAAAACGCAGAUUCAACAGAAAUCGAAAUAAUACUAGCUCUAUUCCAAGAGCUGAAGGAAUCAUUGGGAUUUCAUGCAUUAACAGCUUUGUGUUUGAGAGCUGCUAGAUUUGAUGACUUUGAUCAAGCACGCUUUUGGUAUGAUAAGAUAUUGGCGCUAGGUGAACCACUCACACAUUAUAGACUUAUUAAAUUAGCUGUACAGAUGGAAUGGGAAUUACCAAAAGAUUUUGAUACCACAUUACUAGAAAAAGAAUUUCAAUACUCCGCUGAAAGAGAACUAUCAUUUAAAGAUGAAAGAGUAUUCAUUGAUGAUCCUGAAUUUGCGGAAUUGGUCUCAUCUACAUUGCAAAAAUUUGAAAAUUAA